AUGAACCCUAGCCUUCCCCUCCCUCUUGCCGCCGGACGGAUCCCCCCGCCGCCCGCAGCCAAGCACGUCGCGCCACGUGGCCUCCUCCUCCGCCCGCCGCCGCCAGCCCGCUCGGCCCGCGUCAGGCCCGCGGGGCCCGAACCGCGCGCCACCGCUCGCCCGCGGGUGCCCCUCGCCCGAGCCCGCGGCUCCGCCCGCCGGCGCCGCCCCUCGCCUCCCGCCGGUGCCGCCCAGCUCCCCCGCCUGCGCCUCCGCGUCCGCCCCGCCGCCUUCGCUGCGCCCGAGGCUUCCCCGCGCUCGAGGAGCCCCGCGCCCACCGCCUCGCCGACCCCGCGCCUCUCCCUCGCCAGUGCCGCCCUGUCCUCGACCUCUCCGACCUUCCCCGAGCUCCCUCCGGCCACCACCACCUCCUACUCUGGGGAACUCCCUUCGUCCCGGUCUAGAUCUGGAAAAGGUUGA